GACCCAGCGAGCGGACCGGGAGGACGAGUCGCUCAUAGCCCGUGUGUGUGUGUGCGUGUGCGCCAGCCUCGUUGUUGCUUCUUGCCCUCUUUUUUUCACCCUCUCUCCUCCGCCGCACUUCUCGCUCCAAUGACAGCGGGGCAUGCGUAGACCUGUCAUUACAUCUGGCAAUGGACUCCUGUGGCUCGAGCGAGAGAAAAGAGAGAACGAAGCAGCAGUAAAACGGGAACCGACCAGUGGAAAUACUAUCUGAUAACUCCAUUUGCUCGUCGCCGGCGAACGUCCGAGCUCGAGUCCCGGUCCGGAGGCUCGCUGUCGCGCGGAGCCGGAGGCCGAGUGCGCGCGCGAUAGUGUACCCGCUUUCUACCUGUACUUUUUUUUUUUUGGUGUAGGGGGACCGUAGUAGCCUACCUGUUUACGCUGCUACCCUGCAGGUCAUUAACUUUACAGCCAUUACUCUCAAAAGAGACAACCGAGGGACAAUGGUGAAUCCGGGAGGCAGCAGCCAGCCGCCGCCGGUGGGCACGGGCUCUCUUUCCUGGAAGCGGUGUGCCGGCUGCGGGGGUAAAAUCGGGGACCGCUUCCUCCUCUACACCAUGGACAGCUACUGGCACAGCCGCUGCCUCAAGUGCUCCUGCUGCCAAGCCCAGCUGGGCGAAAUCGGCACCUCGUGCUACACGAAGAGCGGCAUGAUCCUCUGUCGAAACGACUACAUCAGAUUAUUUGGGAACAGCGGAGCUUGCAGCGCGUGCGGUCAGUCCAUUCCAGCCAGUGAGCUGGUGAUGAGGGCGCAGGGCAACGUGUUCCACCUCAAGUGUUUCACAUGUUCCACCUGCCGGAACCGGCUCGUCCCCGGGGAUCGGUUCCACUACAUCAACGGCAGCCUGUUCUGCGAACACGACCGACCCACGGCGCUCAUCAACGGCCAUUUGAGUUCACUGCAGACGAACCCGCUGCUGCCCGACCAGAAGGUGUGUUAGGCGUAGGAGCCGAGCAGGAAGUGUGCCUUCAUUUUAGCCCCGACUCAUUCUCACCCCCGAGACGGCGUGGGUCGGCAGCGCCACGGCCUUUUAGCGGCGCUCCCACGAGGAACCCUCCAACACACGGCCGACCAGUUACGUAACUUUCAUUUCUGCGACCCCCGCCCCCCUCCACCCGCCCCCUCCCCCAUACCCAACAUUAAGCCUUUCAGUCUCUGCUUGGUGGAUACUUGCACUUAAUGCACCUGAAAUCGGGGGAGGAGGGGAAGGGGCGGAGGGGGGGACGCCGAGGACUCUGAGGACUGUGACCUUGGAAUAAAAGAAGAAGGGACCGAUCAGACUCCAUGGGGACUCUUCCGGAAGGGAGAAAUGAAACAAGAGGAUGUUGUGAGGGGAAGAGAAACAAAAACACUAAUGGCGCUGAUGAAGAUGAAGAUGCAGACUUUUCCGCUGCAUAUUUGAUUAGAAAAAAGACAUUUUUGGGGGGAAACUUGGGACCUUUUUAAUUUUUUUUCCUCCCUUCCUUUUCUAUCCUCAUUCCCCAACAACAUGGUGUUUCCACUUUAUAUAUUUUAAGUGUUGUCAAAGGGGAAUGUUUUAUUUUGUUUUCGUUUCUUUUUUCCUUUGGUGGGAUAUAUAUAUCGAAAAAUGAUGGUUAAAAAAAAAAAAAAUCUGGCUCUUUUUUUUUUUCUUCGUGGAAAACAAAUCACGAACACUCUCUUGGUGUAUUUGUAAAAACUACCAUGUAUGUACAGUAUGCAUGUAAAUGUCGUUGUCCAGGCGUGGCUACAGUACAUCAACCCUCUACACUCCAGCCCCUCCCCCACCCCACACACACACACACACGAAACCUAAACUUACGGCAAAACUGAAAAACUUUGCUCAGUCAGUAACGUAGAGAUCAUCACCAACAUAUAAAUGCUGAAUGAAAGAGAAAUUUAUUUGUGAUAUUUUCCGAGACAUUUGCUCCAGUCUGGUGUAUUUAAUUAAUAAAAAUAUUGAAGAUUUAAAAAAAGGAAAGAAA